AUGAUUAAAAUUUUAAGAAGUCUUCGCUAAAUAAAUCAUAAAUAAUCUUAUGGCCUAUUUGGAUGGUUCAAAAAAAAGGAGGAUAAGGUCGAUGAUUCAGCUUAUGAUCCUGAGACUUGGAAACAAUUGCAACCUGCCUUCAAUAAAGUAAAGGAGGAAAAUUAAAAUAAACCAAAACUAUUGCCAAUCAAAAAGAAAUAAUAUUCUGAUAAAUUAACUGUUGUAAUGGAAUUAGAUGAAGUCCUUGUAUAUUCCUUUGUUCCAGACCCAAAAGAUAUGUUCAUGAAUGCACCCUUGAGACAAUAUGAUUUUUACAUUGAUCUGCCCGAAUUCGAUAAUUUUGUUCAUGUGUAUAAGAGGGAAUAGUUGGAUGAAUUUUUAGAAUACUUCCUCAAUCAAACUGAACCAGUUAUUUGGUCAAAAGGGUCAAGGAUUUAUGUUGAAAGAGUCCUAGAAAAACUAUGUCCAUAAUUUCCUAAAGAUCACAUCUUUUGCCAGGAACAAUGCAAUCUAGUUGAGGAAGAUGACUUAGAAGACUAUUUUAAAGAUAUCGAUCUUUUAGGCAGAGACAGAAAGAAAGUAGUCUACGUCGAUGCCAAACCAUUAAGUUUUUGGACUACAGGAGAUAACUGUAUUCUCUUUGUUUGAUUUAUGAUAGCAAUUCCUGUUAGAAUGUUUGUGGCAGAUAACACAGACACUAAAGAUGACUUAUAAAAAUUGAUGAACAUACUUGAGAGGUUGAAGUAGGAAAAUGAUGUGAGAGAUUACUUGAAGAAGAUCUAUAAAGUAGAAGAAACACUUAGAGAAACUAAAUUUAUUGAGUGA